GAAAUAGACUCCAUACCACUUGACUAUCUUUAAAUACAAUACGUGUACGUUAUUGGUCCUAUCAUCUCUUCCCCGAGAGAGCCUCUGAAGUCCUCAACUUCAACUCCAUUUAUUCUAUCCUACUAAAUUGCAGGUUGUGAAAAGGAAAAAUUACAGCAAAGAAGCAGCAGAAAUGUCGGGGUGCAACGAAAAGAGCAAUAUAUUUGAUGUUAAUUACAAUAGAAAUUAUGAGGGUACUUCAAAAGAGUGGCUGAACUUUAAGACUUGGAAUGAGAAAGAUCUUGGGGCGCUGGACCAGGGUUUUCUAUCAAACUAUACUCCCAACAAAAUCUUCUCAUGUCAAUUCUGCAUGAGAAAGUUUUAUAGUUCACAAGCGCUUGGUGGCCACCAGAAUGCUCACAAAAGGGAGCGCGGAGCAGUUAAGAGGUACCAGUCUGAGAGGGUGAUAAGACUGAUGGGUUUCUCUGUAUAUAGGCCCAUGGUCCGGUCACUUGAUGUUCAGCUUCAUUCUCUGACCCCCAAGCCGAGCAGGGACUGGAAAACCAUGGUUGCAAAGUUCAAUGAUGCCAGUAAGGGCAAUGGUCCAGCAUUAACAGCAUUAGUACCUGGAGAAUCAAGCUUCAGUUGGCCAGGAAGUUAUAGUGGGGCACCGGAAUCACAUAAGCAACCAUCAGAAACACUAAAGGUUGACUUAAAUCUCAGGCUUUAAUCCUUCAAUAUGUAGCUUUAUCCUUAUCACUGAGUACAUGUAUUGCUAUAUAAAUAUGAGUUUUAGUUUGAUCAUUGUCAAAUAACUGAUUCAAGGAAAAUGAGUUGAAAAGUCAAUGCCUAUAGUUCUUUCUAACACCAAUAAGAAUUUGUGAGAAAUCUUGAAGUUGAGUUUGACAAAA